AUUUUAUUUAUCAACGGACCGUAGAGCAAGACGCGCAACAUCUUUUUUACUGCGUGCGGAGCAUCAUUUUUGUUUGAUAAUAAAAACUUUGUUGGGAUACUGAAAAAUUUUCAAAAAAUGGCAGAAACUGAACCGAAACCCGAAUCUCCUGCGCCCGCAGCGAACGGAAGUGCGAACGGAGCUGAAGGAAGCGAAGCGAAACAUUCGUUGAAGGAACUUUUUGAGGCUUAUUCGAAAUUCGGGGAUCCCAAAUCCGAUGGAAAAAGCAUCACGUUAUCGAACUCGGACAAGUGGUUCAAGCAGGCGAAGGUUUUCGAUAAGAAAUUGACGACUGUCGAUACGGGAAUUUGUUUCAAGAAAAUGAAGAAAAAGGCCAUUGACUUCAAAUCGUUCAACGAAUACCUCGAAGACGUUGUCAAGGGAAAAGACAUUACCGCCGCCGAUUUAAAGGCAAAAUUAACAGCUGCUGGUCCUCCAGCUGCUAAUGCCACGAAACCUGUCGUAACGGGAGCGGUAUCUCGUUUGACCGACACGAGCAAAUACACGGGAUCGCACAAGGAACGUUUCGAUGCCUCGGGCAAGGGCAAAGGUAAGGAGGGACGUGUCGAUAUGCCCUCGAAAGAUGGCUACGUCACGGGAUACAAAAACAAAAAUACCUUCAAUGAAACACAUUAAAUGAGAAAAUAUUUUUAUGCACCUACUUUUUUGAUAUAAAACAAAAGAAUUUUUUGCGGCGUCUCCAGCCCGUUCAAAAAAAAUAUACAAAAUAAAAUUAACAAACCCCGAAAACAAAAAACUAUAUUUAGAAGAUAAGACAAAAAAUUGUCAUUCUGUGUCGUAAUGUAAACACAAAUCGUAAAUAAUUUGAUAAGAAAGCAUUUAUUCAUGUAUUGAACACUUACUUAUUUAACUCUUUAAAAAACUGAUAUAGCAGAAAGUCCUUUCCAUUUUUAAUAUUCUAAGAAGUUUUUAUGUAAGAAUUUUUUAUAGUUCAACUUUUUUAAUUCAAUAAU